AUGCAACAAGCCUGGCAUUAUUGCAAAAAUGUUCGAACAGCUGCUGGGUGCAUUAAACCUAACAAUAACGAUGAGGGAAAUCCAAUCAACCCACAACUUGGACAAAAUGUUUAUCAAUAUUCAACUGGAUUGUCUUUGUGA